CCCUCCACCGCUCCCUUCCUCUCUCUCUCCAUCUCGUAACACCUCUAGUCUCUAAGUCCCGCCUUCCACCGCCUGUGAGAGGGACUGGGGAGUUUAAUGUUGUUCCCUCUGCCCGACUAAGAUACCCGGGGACCCGUUUUACUUUUUCCUCACCACUUUUUUUGUGUUUUACCUCCCUGACACUUGAAACUGCGUCCAAGAAGAAAACUACAACUACUAUACUGCAGUCUCAGCCUCCACUGCCUCUCCAGAGCAACAUUCAAGCAACAAGGUAAGCCAUGCUACUACCCUCGUCACUACUACUCCUCCUUGGCCUCCUCACUUGGAGUCCCAAUGCAUCAUGGGCCGCUAAAGUGAUCGUGGUCCCACCCAUCAUGUUUGAAUCGCACCUCUACAUCUUCAAGACGCUGGCCACGGCUCUGCACCAGGAGGGCCAUGAGACCCAUUUUCUAAUAUCCGAGGGUCGUGGGGUGCCCCCCUCCCCUCACUACCACUUACAACGCUACCCGGGGAUCUUUAACAGCACCACGGCUGACAAUUUCCUCCAGUCCAAAGUCAGCAACAUCUUCUCAGGCCGCCUGACGUUUCUGGAACUGUUCGACAUUCUCGACCACUACUCCCAGAACUGUGACGCUGUCGUCGGCAGUGUCGAGGUAAUGACCCGCCUCAAGGAAGCCAAGUUUGACCUGCUGCUGGUGGACCCUAACGAGAUGUGUGGUUUUGUGAUCGCUCACAUCCUGGGUGUGAAAUACGCCGUGUUCAGCACAGGCCUGUGGUACCCUGCAGAGGCGGGCGCCCCAGCCCCGCUUUCAUAUGUACCCGAAUUCAACUCGUUGCUGACGGACCGCAUGUCUCUGGUUCAGAGGAUCGCCAACACAGCUGUUUACCUGGUGCAGCGCUUUGGAGUCCGUUACAUUGCGUUACCAAAGUAUGACCGGAUCAUGAAGAAACAUGGAGUGAAGCCUCAAGUGGCCAUGUCUGACUUGGUGCAGGGCAGCCGGCUGUGGAUGCUGUGCACCGACUUGGCUCUGGAGUUCCCCAGGCCCACCCUGCCACAUGUGGUGUACAUAGGAGGCAUCCUCACCAAGCCCCCCAACCCACUGCCACAGGAGUUCGAGGCGUGGGUGAAUGACACAGCGGAGCAUGGCUUUGUGGUCGUGUCGUUUGGAGCCGGGGUCAAGUACCUUUCCCAUGACAUUGCUCACAAACUGGCAGGAGCCCUCGCCAGGCUGCCGCAGCGCGUCGUCUGGAGAUUCUCUGGAGUUCCACCCAGUAACCUUGGCAACAACACCAAGCUUGUUGAUUGGAUGCCUCAGAAUGACUUAUUAGGCCACGCCAACACGAGGGCCUUCCUGAGCCACGGCGGCCUGAACAGCAUCUACGAGGCCAUGUACCACGGGGUGCCGGUGGUAGGUGUGCCCCUGUUCGGAGACCACUAUGACACCAUGACGCGCGUGGCAGCCAAAGGCAUGGGUAUCAUGCUAUACUGGAAGUACAUGACCGAGGAAGACCUGCACACAGCCCUGACCAGCGUCAUCAAAGACACCAGGUAUCGCCAGCAAGCACGCACACUCUCCAACAUUCACAAAGACCAGCCAGGCCAUCCUGUGACCAGGGCCGUCUACUGGAUCAGCUACAUCCUACGUCACCACGGUGCCAACCACCUGCGCUCCGCCGUAUACGACGUGUCCCCCUAUCAGUACUUCCUGCUGGAUGUGAUUGUCACUGUAGGGGCCGCCGUUUUUCUGAUCGUCUUCGCACUGCGAAGGUUGGUACGAUGGCUGAGGGGGAAGGCCGGGGACCAGAGCAGAGAAAGCGGCGGCGUCACCAGGGAUGACGGUAACACGGCCAACGGACACUGCCAUAGCGAGAGCGUGGCCAACGGGAAACACAAACGCAACGGCUCCUUGAAAAGCGAGAAGAAGAUAAAUUAAUGUUAUGAAUGGCCAAGAGGGACGAGGAAGAAGUUGCCCCAAGGACUCAGCUCUAGGUUUUGGUGUAGUGGUUUUUAUAAAAGCUUUGAGAGAAAGCUGUUCUUAGGUCUGCGUCGAGAGGCAACUGCUACUCGGAGCGAGCAAGAGGCUGUAGGAGGAUACACAAUGUGGGGGACGGAGCAAGGCAUCGGGUGCUCAAAAAUCUGUGUGUGCGUGUGUGUGUGGGGGUGUAUGUGUAUGUGUGCACUGAGGCGAAUUUUAACGAAAACUCUAACAAAAGCGGCUACAGCAAUACAACAGCGAAUUGGAAAGUCACUGAGGAUGAAACACGGGAAAGACAUAUUGGGAGGACAUUGUUUCUUCAUUGUGCGUCAUCUUCUCCUGUCUUCCUGCCUUCCUCGCCACUAGUGGAGGGAUGAUGAAGAGGGGAGCGCCAACCCCUCAUCCUCAGAACAAAAAACAAGAAAACACACUUUUUGAAAAUAGUUCCGAUUUCAUGUUUUUAACCGCAAACUUCCACAAAUGUCUGGUAAAACUGUAAAUAGAGGACGAAUCUAUUUAUUACUGUACAAAUGCAUUUUAAUGAUGGACCUUUUUAACCUUAUCUUAUUUUUAAUUUAUUUCAUGUAUCAACGGUGUGAUGGUAGAUGUGCACUCCCUCCUCUCAACCUUGUGUGCUUCAUAUCGGUGAAACAAAACAAGACUGACAGCUGCAGUCAUUAAAAGUCUGCACAGCAGUUGCAUUAUCCACAGUAUUCACGGUGGUCUAGUUAAUCAGAGUGUUGAUAAUAUUUUCACAUGGUAGUGCCAUCCCGUGACUGCACUUAGCUGUGCAGCGUUCCCGUUGUCUCUUGACUGACAGUUUGUUCUCUGUUUGGCUUCUCCGUGUGAAAAGGGCGAUGGUGUUAUCAUCAAAAAGAUAUACUAAUGACGACUACCUACCGAGGAUGCUGUGGAUAGGCCGAGCCAGAUCAUAAACGUGCUCACCCAAGUCAGGUGAUCAGGGAUGAGUCACAGCAUUAUUGAUUUAUGAUCCCCUGCUUCGUCAGUCCCCCCUCAUCUAUUUAUUAAUUAGGAUUCAUCACUUGAUUGCCAUUUUUAGUGCUACACUUGACAUUGUACGUCAUUCCUCCACGAUUCUUUUGAUGGAUCUAACAUGCUAGUUUUAAAUCACAGUUCAGGUAGAAAUCCGUCCACUGCUUCUCUUCUGCAAGUUAGAUUAAGCUAUUGAGGUUCAUGUAGGUAGACCCUUAUGUAAUUGUAUUAACUUUGAGUGUGAAUGAUUCACAUUCUGUACGUGGCCUUUUAUAAUGCAAAUAUUUGUUUAUGCAGUAUGCUUGAAUACGUGUGUGUGUGUGUGUGUGUGUGUGCUUGUUGCUGUUUCAAUGCUCUAGAUCACUGCACAGCUUUAGACUGAGUGUAUGGAUGAAACAAGGCCCACUGAGAGUCAUGUAAAAACAACCGUCGGCGUUUCUGCCAUUCUCUGAAGUCAUCAUACUAAGUGUAUGUAUUCCCAUGCAAUGGAUUUGUUCUUUUCAUCCAAUAAGACUGAAGUUGCCUUCUUUUUUUUUUUUUAAUCAUCUUAUUUGUCAAUCCACUCCACUUUAUUUUACUCUUGUUUCUCGGCCACCGUGUCUGUUAAUUCUUAAUGCAGGAUGGAGAAAGGGCGUAAGGAGGGUGAAAGAGUGACUUAGUUCCGAAAACAAAGGUGAACCCCGCUAGUUUCUACAAUGAAUAAUGCCGUGUCACGGUGACACUGAUCCCCCGCAGCGAAAUUCUCUUUUCUUGAACCCCCGUCGAGGAGAUCAAAGUACAGGGCGAGCUGGGAGAGUAUCUGUGGAGUUUGUGGGGAUUCGGUAUCCUGCUAAUGGACUUUUCAGACAGACAGGUACUCACGGACAUGGGACAUAAAAAUCUCAUGAACAUGUGACUUGCGGUUAUCAAACCACCAGGCCGGACUUACUGUAUUUUCCUCCUUUGGUCCAGCAGCACAGCCCAUGAUAUCUACUUUUUAAAGUUUCAAACCACAAUUGGCAUUCUAGCAAAGAGAUUGUUUACCAACUUGUUAUAAAGUCUCACACGUGGACAAUAUGAGCAAUGUAUUUAAAGAAGACAGAAUAAAUGCUACCACUAACACCCGACCGACAUGUAUAUUCACAAAUCCUGUAUGAUAAUUGAGAAAAAGCUUCAUGAUCUUCCUUUCUCUGUGAGCUACACUUAACACUUGCACAGCCCGACCCAGCCCUGCUGAAAAACAGACUAUUAUACUUGAAUCAUCAUCAUCAUCUAUAACACGUGGGUAUGCUAGGUGGGCCUGCAGGUGCUACACAAGCUAUGAACAGGGUCUGGAGAGAAGAAAUAAAUUGUGAAGAUGCAUAUUUUUUUCAUCAUUAUGUUCAGUAUUAAUGUGUAGCCCACAUAGAUAAAUGUCCACCCAUCCUUUACUACUCUCUCGUUUCUGACGCGUCUCCGUUCUUGUGAUGUUCGUAUUUCAUCAGCUUUCUUUGUUCCAUCUCUAAUAGUGCACUUGCUUGUUCCAUUCGUCCACCUCUUUGUCUUACUCGGGUGUAUUCGGCUGUCAUUGUCUUCUUGUCUUCCUCCUCCUUCCCUCUUAAAUAUUAGAUGUCUCCACUUACAUGCUAUUUUUUUUUUUUUUUUUUAAAACCUUCAUUUUACUUUGAUUUUAAAAUGACAAAGUCCUCAAUUUUCCUGUCAUGUGUGUCCAUGUUGUAAAUAGAGCAAUGUAAACAAAAUACUAAUGCUGAAUAAAAAUGACAUAUUUUGUUUGCAGAUGA